UGUCGAAAGUGUGGGAGGAAGGAUGGAUCGGGACGGAGAAGUGUGUGGGUACAUGCGGGGCGAGCGUGAGGUUGGCAGCGAGUGAUGAGCGCUAGCACGGUAAGGCAAGGCGGAGGUAACAAGGACGACGGCGACGGACAUGGCGGAGUGGCGAACGGGCUGGCGGAAAACUGCCCGACGAAGAGCGAAGGGAGCGGCACGGGGCGAGUGAACCUGGACGGGGAGUUGUGGAGGGUGCGUGCGGAGAUGGCGAAGAAAGAAACAGGCGGGGCGGAGUGGGCAAAGCACAGAGCGCGAUCGUUAGGGUGCGGUUUUGGGAAGGAGAAGAGCCGAUCCUGGGGCCACGUCAGCUGUCCGCGGCACAUGACCUUGCUCACUCGUUCACAGACAGCAGGGAUGGAUCAGAUGGCCGGCGAGACUGACGAAGCCUAUGAGACACGAUUGGCAGCCAUCAUGGCCGAAAGCAAGCAACGGGCAGAAGCAUCAGCAGCAGCAAGGAAGAAGAGGGAGUCAGAGGUAGAGAGGCUGCCUCAGGUAGCCGAAGAUCAACGACAGAAGCACGCAGCAGCAGCAGCAAAGGCCGCCGAUGAAAAACGUGUACGGCGGCGGGAGAUUCUCUUCAAGGAGGAAACUGCAUUACACGCACAGGCCAAGGAUUGGCAGAAGGAGGCCGAGAAUGGAGACUCCGUUGACUACGGGACAAGGAUUGCUCUCUUGCUCAACCGUGUCACGGACCUCCUCGCUACUUGCAUCGCACAGAAGGAGGACAUUCACUCUCUCGACCACACCAAUCAGGCGCUGGCUAAGUGCAUACAGAAGCUGGAGCAGCGACCUGUCGCCACCUCCAGCACCGGCCCCUCCGACCUCAUUGACCGCGUCAACGUCUUGGAGAUAGACGUGGGAACGCUCAAGACUGAGACUCAGCGACUGGACCAGCAGGUGGGGGCAGCAGCCACACCGAGCUCAGCGCCUCGUGAGAGCAUCCCCAAAUUUGAGGGGCUCCCGAUCUUCUGUGAUGCAUCGAAGAUGGAGCCUAUACCUUGGUGGCGCCAGUUCGAAUUAAAGCUGGACAUCCACCAUGUCAUCCACACAAACCGGCACCCAUACUUGUACUCCCGGUCAGGAGGUGCGUGCCAGACAUGGCUGGACAACAUGUUGUCCGCACAUGCAUAUACAAUCUCCGAGUUACACAACUUCAUCACCUGGGCCGAUCUCACGGCAGCAUGGAAGAAGCGUUUCCAAGUGGAACCGCCCGAGCACCAGGCGAUGGACAAGCUGCUGACAUUCUCACAGAACAGCAUGCCAAGUGGAGACUGGAUAUCCGAGUUCCAAUGUCUGGCAAGCACGCCCAAGCUGCCGCUGAACUUCCACGACAUCAAGCUCUACUUCAUCAAAAGGUCGUGCCCAGCGUUGCAAAAUGCGUUAACUCAGGUGGCGAAAAUGAAGAAACUGGAGGAGGAGAUGGAGGAGAAGAAAAAGGCUGCCGAGGUAGAAGCAACAAAAGAAGCAGACGAGGAGAGAAAACGCAGGGAAGUAACGGGGGAGAGUAGUGGCACGGCGAAUGAGGAUGCAACGAUGGAGAAGAAGAUUAGUGAGUGGAUUGCUAACUUAUCAUUGGGGGAAGACGAGGAGGCACAGUUAUAUGUGCCACAAGAUGAGAAGGAAGCGUUUUCCAGGGCGCUAGCAACAAUCGAGGACCCCCUGGAACGGCAAGAAGCAGAGGAGGAGAAGAAGUUGGAGUGGAAACUGAGGAUGAAGAGGGAGAAGAAGAGAAGGAGGGAGGAAGUUAACCAGUUGACCAUAGAAGUGGAGAAGGUGAAACCGUGCAGACAAGAGGUCCAGGCACAGACAAAUGUCUCUGCCAAAAUGGAUAAGAUGUUGGGGUACUUGGAAGUGUUGAGUGAGGCUUGGCUGGAGGAGCGCCAAGCCAACUGGGUCACGAUGCGAUUAAGGGAGAACGCACGAAAGUUCUGUGAAGGCGCCAUUGAGAGUGCCAAAGCAGUAGCCGCUGUCGAGAGUGAUGCCAGGCCUCGUAAAGAGCCCGUCAAGCUUAAGUUCCCAGAUGCAUAUGGCGGGAAGGAGGAUAAUUUUGAUAACUGGGAGGCAAGUGUCAAUAGUUACGUGUACUUACAACACAUCUUGACUGAGGAGCAAGUCCUUGUCGCCUUCCAGGCCCUCAAAGAUGAAGCGGCCAGUUUUGCCAGGUCCCUUGCGCGCGCAGCCGGUUGUGAAAACAACCUGGUUGCAUACUCCAAGAUCACCCCCCUUCCUCAAUUCUUCAAACUUCUGAGGGAGAGAUUUGCUGACCCAACGAGAGGUGUUAGAGCCUCUGACAAGCUACAGACUAUCCACUCGCGACAGUGGAGGAGUGCGAGAGCACUCAAAGCUGUCAUGGACGACCUAGUAGCCGUCCCAGACCACGGGGUCACUGAGACCCAGCUGGUCCAGUUAUUUUAUCGUGCCAUGCCAGAGCCCUUGAGAGGGCAUUUCUUUGACAAAUCUCAACAGGCCGACAUCACAUAUGAUGUGCUGAGUAGAGAGGUGGUCCUGUUCGAGUCAAAGUCCAUGCCAGUGUCCACUUUCUGGCAUAAGGACCUGGAUAAGGGGAAGAAGUGGAAAGGGCGUACCAUCUCCGGCCAAGUCAGGGCCAAGGAUCACAUGAUCCUCACGUUAGAAAAACGUGGUACCGAUGAAGUCCCCUACAGUGAGAUUGAGUGGGGGCUAGAGGAGGAGGACAAUAGUGUAGGGCAAGGGAGGUCCUAUGCGGCUGUCGCGGCUGGAGGGAGGCCGCAAGGUAGAGGAGGAGGUCAGGGCCAAAGGGGCCAGGCCACGGGAGGCCGAGGACCGGACGCACAGGGGGUUGGCGGACAAGGGAACCGCCAAGUGGGAGGUAGGGGUCAAGGUCCCCCACCAAAUCGUCAGGGUUCUUGUCGAUCCCCGCAGCGACAAGGUGGAAGGCCACCUCAACAGUCAGGAGGAUGGCACCCAGGCUUGCUGCAAGGCAGGCCCUGGAAGGAUUUGGGCUUGGACCAGCGCGUAUGGCAGGAAUGCGUGGACUUGGGUCAGUGCGUGUUUUGUGGUGACCCGGCCAAUGUUAUCAAAUUUUGUCCUAAGUUGCUUAAGAAAGAGGCAAUCUGGCAAUGGGAUAAAGACUGUACGUCGGCGCUUAAGAAGUUAAAGCGCGCGCUAAUAGAGUACCCUGUCCUCAAAGUGGCAGAUCCGUCUUUGCCAUUUGUCGUCACCACGGACGCGAGUCAGUAUGGUAUAGGCGCCGUGUUGCAGCAAGACGACGACAAUGGCUAUAGACCCGUAGAGUUCAUGUCAGCGAGGAUGCCCUUAGAGAAGGUAGCCACCUCGACGUACGAGAGAGAGCUCUACGCUCUCAGGCAGGCCUUAGAGCACUGGAAGCAUUAUCGGCUUGGGAGGCACUUCAAAGUAUACUCAGACCACGAAACUCUUAGAUGGUUAAAGACCCAGGCCAAAAUGACACCUAAGUUGACUAGGUGGGCCGCUGAGAUAGACCAAUACGACUUUGACCUCAAGCCGGUCAAAGGCAAGUACAACGUAGUUGUGGAUGCUCUGAGUAGUAGAUCAGACUACUUUGGAGCUAUAGUGCACUAUCUGGACCUGCAAGAGAAAGAAGGCCCAACACCGGAUGAUAGAACAGGCCACCCAUCGCAGUUUCAGAUAGGCGACCUGGUCUGGAUCAAGUCUAAAGAGAUUGCACCUGAGGAGAACAUCUCGCAGAAGUUACUGCCUGCAUAUAGAGGACUGUGGCCAGUUCUAGAAGUCAAGGGCGGAGAGGAUGGACCGUCCUACACUAUAGAGAUUCCAGCACACCUCCACACCUACUGUUGCAUACUGUAACUGUGCAGACCAGAACAAGAACCGACCUCUCAAUACAAAGUACAAGAUAACACAGCGGAAGACUUAAAUACCAGUGAUCCGAACAAUCAAUGUUGCAAUGCAGC